AUGUUCAAGCAAACUAGAGCGGUUCUCAAGGAGGCCGUUAAACUCACAUAUAAGAACAUGUUGAGGGAUCCAUCGACGAAGUAUUCGAGGGCACAGCGGAUCAAGCUUCCAGACAGGACAUGGCCAGACAAGGUGAUUGAAAAGGCACCACGGUGGUUAUCCACCGACUUGAGAGAUGGUAAUCAGUCCCUUCCAGAUCCAAUGUCAGUGGAGCAAAAGAAGGAGUAUUUCCACAAGCUGUUAGAAAUUGGCUUCAAAGAAAUCGAGGUGUCCUUCCCCUCUGCCUCUCAGACCGAUUUCGAUUUCACCAGGUAUGCCGUGGAAAACUGUCCUGAUGACGUUGCCCUACAAUGCCUUGUCCAAUCGAGAGAACAUUUGAUUAGAAGGACAGUCGAUUCCCUAAAGGGUGCUCCAACCGCCAUUGUCCAUACCUAUUUAGCAACUUCAGAUUUGUUCAGAGAUGUUGUUUUCAAAAUGUCCCAAAGGGAGGCUCUUGAGAAGGCUGUUGAAACGGCAAAGCUAGUCAAAUCAUUAACUAAAGAUGACCCAUCGUUACAGGACACAAAGUGGGUCUACCAGUUCUCUCCGGAAUGUUUCUCCGACACGCCACCGGAAUUCGCAUUAGAAAUAUGUGAGGCUGUCAAGGCUGCUUGGGAACCUACGGUGGACAAUCCAAUAAUUUUCAACCUUCCUGCAACUGUUGAAGUUGCAAGUCCUAAUGUGUACGCUGAUCAAGUUGAAUAUUUCUGCAGAAAUAUUUCUGAAAGAGAGAAGGUUGUUGUUUCCCUACACUGCCACAAUGACAGAGGCUGUGGUGUUGCAGCCAUCGAAUUGGGCUUAUUGGCUGGUGCUGAUAGAGUUGAAGGUUGUCUCUUUGGUAAUGGUGAAAGAACAGGUAAUGUCGAUCUCACCACCGUUGCCCUAAACAUGUACACCGAUGGUAUAUCUCCAAAUCUUGACUUCUCUGAUAUUCAGGGCCUUAUCGAUGUCGUUGAAAGAGGUAACAAAAUUCCAAUCCAUGAAAGGGCGCCAUAUGGUGGUUCCUUGGUUGUCUGUGCAUUUUCGGGUUCUCACCAAGACGCCAUCAAAAAAGGAUUUAUUGCUCAUGAAGCUAGACAAGCCAAGGGCGAUACCAGAUGGUUGAUGCCAUACUUGCCACUUGAUCCAAAGGAUAUAGGCAGAAGUUACGAGGCUGUUAUUAGGGUCAACUCUCAAUCUGGUAAAGGUGGUGCAGCAUGGAUUGUCCAAAAGGCUACUGGUUUAGACCUCCCAAGACAAUUGCAGAUCUUAUUCUCCAAGGUUGUUCAAGAGAAGGCAGAUUCCAUUGGCCAGGAGUUGAAGUCGGAAGAAAUUGUGUCCUUAUUGAACGAAACUUACAAUGUUGAUUCUAAAUUUGCAAACUCUUUGAAACUCGAGGAUUAUAAAUACGACAAAAAGUCCGACGAAGUCACAAAUGUGUUUGCUAUUAUCAACUUGAAUGGCGAACAGUACAACAUCUCUGGUACAGGUAACGGUCCAAUCUCUUCCCUUUUGAACGCCUUUGGUAAGUUCUUCAAGACUGAAUUCGAGGUUGACGAAUAUUCCGAACAUUCCGUCGGCCAAGGUUCCAAGGUCAAGGCUGCAUCUUACAUCAAGAUCGAAUGCGCUGGUACUUCUCAAUGGGGUAUUGGUAGCCAUGAGUCUAUUACCAAAUCCAGUGUUAACUCCAUCAUCUCUGUGAUAAACAGCCUACUAAAUAAGAAUGUCAUCUCCAAAUGA